UGACACUAACUACAAUCCAUUACCCAGUACAAGCACUAUUACUAACAACAAGAGCUUCAUUCACAUUUUCACUUUCUUUCAUCUUACUACCACAAACACACAAUGUGCUCUUUCACCUUCUUGAUUCUCCUCUUCAUUUUGAACAUUUCCCUUUCACCUCUUACCACCUUUUCGCAAGAAACAACCGUGGCUCAGUGCGCGACAAGGCUGCUUCCGCUUGCACCCUGCGCCUCAUUUGUGCAAGGUACUGCCUCAUCGCCAGCCCUGUCGUGCUGCGACAACCUCAACCAACUCUAUGCUCAGCAGCCAAAAUGCCUAUGCAUGCUUCUCAAUGAAACUACACUCAACUCUCUUCCUAUUAACACUACACUUGCUCUGCAGUUGCCAAGUCUAUGUCACCUCAAAGUAGACAUCUCUAUUUGUUCUGGGAGAAAUGUGAGUACUAGUCCACCUGGGUCUCAAAUGUUGACAAACACCAAUUCCACUUCUCACGUAAACUCCACCAUUGCAGCUUCUCCAAUGUUUCAAACUGUACCAACAUCACCAAAUUCUGCAACAGGACAUGGGUCUAACGAAGGUGGCAGGUUGAAAAGGGCUACUGAUUUUACUAUGGUGAUGGUAGCUGCUUUGAUCUUUUCUUUGGCUACUUAACUCAUAAUAUUUUAUACAUAAUUUUGUGACUUUUUUAGGUACUGACAAGUGGUAGUUUUAUGUAAUUGUUAAGCUAUUUGGUUAAUUUCAAUUCUAAGCAGAUCUUACUAAUAUUUUUACAAUAA